ACGGUAAGCCUAUUUAAAUCAAAUCCCUUUCCUUUUCUAAGUCUAGGGCUCGACAUGUAUUUAUGGAAAUUCAUUUGUGGAGUUUGAUUCUGCGAAGUUUGGGCUUGGAUUUGUGGGUGGGCAGACAGAGCAUUGAUGUAUUUGAUCAUAUUAGAGUUUCUUAUGUAUGUAUUGAGGACAUUUUUGUGUGGGUUGCGAGGUUCUUAAUUUCGGUUUCUCAUGAUUGCACACCAAGUGUUUGUGUUAAUUCCUAAACUGACUCACACUCCCUAUUUGUGUUUAUUUACUGUGAUUUAUUGACCCAUAUUGCUAGAACAUAAAUGUGAGUGCUAUGUGUGUGAGUUUGAGCUAAUAUAGAGGGGUGAUAAUGUCAUGGUCUUCCCUGUCAUCACAUUCUUUCAACUCUGAUUUUGACUAUUUUUAUUCUGAUUUGGUUGAUAUGAUGAUUAAGAUGAGGUUCAUGAAACGAGCAAAGAGAAAUAAGUUUACUUCAUCAGUGCCUUCUGAGAGCUCCUCAAGUGAGGAUGAGCCCAUACAAGAACCUGUGCAGUUAGGAGAAACAUCAACUCCUCCUCCACCACCCUUGAUUGCACCACCAGGAGCUACCUUUGAACAAUUCACAAAUGUUAAAGUCAAACCUGCAUAUAGGACAACGUUUACCAAAAGACCUGUUUUGGGUGAACGUGAGCUAAAUGGAAGGAGAGUCAAUCCAAAAUAGAGCAGCAAAGAGCAGUUGUAUGCUCUUAUUGUGUAUUAGCAAAUGAUAGAUUGGUUCAACUCUCUUUGGAUGUGCAACAAGUCAUGGAGAAUGUGGUUGAUUCAGAUGCUGUGCAAUAGACUUCCAUGACUAAUUGCUGACAAAAGGGGGGAGAAAAGUCUGAGGGGGAGCAGUAGAGAGUGACAAGAGCAACAAUACCAAAAGAGGGGGAGAGUUGCAGCAAUCAACAGAGGAAAAUUUAUUUUGUUGGAAGAAAAUCUAUUUUGUUAUCCUACUUUUAUUUCCCCUUUUUUUAUUCAAAUACAAUUUGUUAUGUUUAUUUGGUUAUGUUUUGAUUAGGAUGAUAGACAUAAUUUCUUUUAUUUGGUUAUGUUUCAUUUAACUUGUACUUAGAACUUGAUUGACCUUGACAGUAUAGUUGAUUUCUAAGUCAGUUUAUUGAAUUACAAUUGUCCAGAA